GUCACAAUGCUGCGGACCGCCCUCUCGCGCUCGUCGGUCGCCCGCUCGGCCGCCUCGCGCGGGCUGCCCCGCGCCGCGGCGCCGCGGCUCGCUCGCGGCCUCGCCUCCGACGCGGACGGCGAGGACGGCGUCCACGUCGACAUGGUGGCACGCAUGUGGUCGUGCAAGGUCAAGGACGACCCGGGCGCGUACCAGAUGGACCUCGUCUUUGACAGCUUCAUUGACAAGGCCUCGCAGGUGGAGGGCGUGGUCGGCGCGUCGCGGCUGCUGUGCAAGUCGUACUGGGACUACAAGCUGAUCCUAAAGUUCGAGGAGACGGGCGCGCUCAAGAGGUACCUGGCCGAGAAUGGCGAGCACGAUGCGCUGAUGAGGGAGUACCUGCCCCAGAUCGAGAAGCUCACCAUAGACGGAAAGGUGCACCAGCAGAGCUUUGUUUACGACGACAUCGAGUGAGUGCCUCCCGCCUGGCGCCGCGGCGUACGUGGCGCGCAGGGCGUCCAGGAGCAGGUCGAGAAUUCGCACUGCAGCGCGCCCGCAGGCGCGUCCAUUCGGAGAGUAGCGCCGCCGCUGCGUCUAGGGCCGGGGCUGGCCAUCGCUCCAUUCUCUCCCUCGCGUGAGCGCACCAUAAUGGGUUUUUCUUGUGCAGAUGGCUACAUUGCCC